AUGAGCCUGGCGCCGACUGCGUUUCAGCUGUUCUCUGGGCACCCUCUCAGCACAACUGCUCUCCUAACAUUCGACAACGUAUCUUCUCGUUUCCUGGGAUAUCUUCUCUUCCCCACUGGACAGCAGGCCUGUCUUUGGAACCUUUCUUCGACGGCGCAUUCGAGUUCUGACCAUCCUCUUGCGAUGGUCAACCUCCCGAAGCUAACCGCUUUCCUCACCUACGACCUGAUGCCGGUCACGUAUAAACCGAUACCUGGGAGCUCUGCCUCUGUAUCUCCCUUCAGUUCGUCUUCUUGGGCCGGGAAUACUACGAAUUUACAAGCGCACCUUCACCGGAGAUUGUUAGGGGAGUAUACCAAGCGGUCUGCAGUGAAGACUUUAGAUGCAGCCGCUGACUGCAGUGUCGAGCCCUACGAUGCGCCACCGGUUUUGAAGCAGACCUUUCCGCCGUACGAUCAGACGAGUGCGAAUGUAUAUCGAUACAGGCAGCAGCAGGGUGUCAAUUUAGGCUCUUGGUUCGUCCAUGAGAGCUGGAUGACACCCUCCCUCUUCAGAUGCGCAUCAGGCCCAAAAGUCUCCGAAGCCGACAUCGCCUACGGCUGGGGUUCAACCGCCAACGCGCGUUCAGUCCUCGAGCGGCACUGGGACACUUUCAUUCAAGAAUCCGACUUCAAAUACCUCGCAAGUAUCGGCAUCAACACCGUCCGUUUACCCAUCGGACACUGGAGCCUCGGGAGACCAGAGGUCGUUCGAGCUAUCAAUUGGGCGGGCGAGAACGGGAUCGGGGUGCUAGUUGAUCUGCAUGGCGCUGUUGGGAGCCAGAACGGACAGCCGCAUUCUGGAGUGUCAGAUGGGAACGCGACGCUUUUCAGCGUGCAGCAGAACAUGGACAAGACCGUUGACGUGCUCGCGUUCCUGGCAAAGGAGCUGGCACCUGUGAAUAAUGUUGUCGGCAUCCAAUUGUUGAACGAGCCAAACUACGAUCCUGGGUUGGAAGAUUUCUAUACACGGGGUAUAGGAGCUAUAAGAGACGCAUCUCCUCAUGCUACCAACUUGCCCUUAUACCUGCACGACGGGUUCGACCUUGACCGGUUUGCAAAUUACGUCGCCUCUCGUUCAGACUUUGUCGUCCAAGACCAUCAUUCGUACUUCGUCUUCUCGCCUUCCGAUAAAAUAGAAUCAGGCUUGAAGCACACAGAUGACGUCGACGGUGCCGUUGCCAGUUCCUUGCGCGCAGUGUCCAAGAAGGUCCAUCGAAAUUUAGUUAUUGCCGAAUGGUCUUGCGCACUUACUCCAGAGAGCUUGGAGCUGGACAAGGACGCGAGCCAGGUCAGGAAGAAGUUCUGCGAGGAGCAGAUGAAAGUGUAUACAAACACUACCGCUGGCUGGGCAUUUUGGUCAUACAAAACGGAGGACUGCAAAGACGACUCUGGAUGGUGCUUCACAAAGGCAGUUGGGAAGAGCUUGUCCUCGACCUUCUUCUCUUAUGGCAAACAAGUUGCCAAAAAGACCCAGUUAGCCAAAGAUGUUAGUGCCAUCGACGACGCAGCCUCCGAGCUUCUCAUGCCUACGAUUGCUAAAAAUCUCCUCGAACUGCCUUCCCGACAUCCCCACAACGACCGUCGUGCUUCAACUGAUUCAGCCUUCCAUCGUUUUGCCAUCAUACAUCGCAAACGUGGUGACAAGCAGGACCAGGACUCUAAGGAUGGCCACAAUUCGACUAUGUCGGACGGUGAUGGGUCGAAAAUUCCAAUGGAGCGUUCUGUUGAAAAAGGGUAUAAUGAUGGGCUGACGACGGCGCAAGCCUUUGCGAGUUACAACAUGUCGAAGCUGGGGUUCAUUAGCCAAUUCAUAAACGAUGCCAUCACAGUCGCUGGACCAUCUCACAUCGAGCCUGGAACGGAGGGUGGCUACAGCGACGGGUUUCUGCAGGGUUUAAAGGAUGGAGAGUUGAUUGCUGGUGCAAGUGGAGGAUAG